GUAGCAUUUAGUGUUAAAUAUGUUAGAUUGUUUUGCUAUAAUUAGUUGUUUUUUGAAUGUGAUGAAUAUGAGUUAUUGUGAUAAAUGCAAAUUUGAAUGAAUAUUAUGAAAGUGAGUCAAAUGUGCAUGUUUUUUAUCCUCCCCGUGUAGGGGAGGUGCUGUCAAAAUUUUCAAUUAUUAUAUAUGAGUAAUUUAUAAGGUGGUUAGUCUAUUAGUGGGUUGUGGUUAUAUUUAUAGUUAUGUAGCUAGUAAUUAGUGUGUUGUGGUUAGGUAAUAACCAUCCACAUUUUAUAUUGAAUGUUUAAUUGGUGUUUCAAAUAGAUGGACAAUUUUUUGAGCUUAUAUCAUGGAGGCAAUGUGGAACAAGAUCCGUAUGACAGUCACAUUAGAGGAUGCACAGAAGAUACUUGGACUCAAUGUUGGUGGCAGAGCAGUGACAGGCCAAUGUGACUCUGACGGAUGGAGGGCUAGAGUUGAGGCCUUUCUUGGUAGGGAGCUUCCUGCUGAGGGCGUUGAACGGACUGCUGGAGUAGGCAUCACAUGGCUCCGUCAGUCUUUUGGUGUGUGCCCUGCUGAUGCUGAUGAGGCUACAGUCCAGUUCUAUUGUCGAGCUUGGAUCUUGCACAUGUUUGGUUGUGUCCUCUUCCCAGACGCCACAGGAGACUGCGCGUCCUGGAUGUACAUCCCAUGUCUAACCGACUGGGAUACAGCUGGACAGUACAGUUGGGGCUCCGCUGUGCUUUCUUUUUUGUACCGGCAGCUUUGUGAAGCUUGCCGUCGUACGUCCUCCUCUUCGUCUAUAGGCGGUUGCGUCUACCUCCUGCAGAUAUGGAUGUGGUUUCGCAUACCAGUUGGUCGACCACGUGUUUUCCAGCCUAGACCCUGGCCAUGGAUGAUUCAUGGAAAUGAUCGUCUUCGACCGACGUAUGCUUAUAUUUGGGACCAAGUGGCAGCUCCUUUUGCGAGAGCUAAGAGGGCAUACAUGGAGUAUGUUAACGAGUUUGACACCCUUUCUGCCUCUAGCGUCACAUGGCAGCCAUACAACGCACCUGAGUAUGCUGGGAUGAUCUUUAGUGUAGUAUGCAGCAGUGAAGAUGAACUCUAUAUGAUGCAAUGUCCUUUGGUCUGUUUCUGGUGUGUUGAGUGGCACCUACCUCACAGGGUUCAGAGACAGUUUGGUAGGAACCAGCUAUGGCCGGUUGAAGAUGUUCCUACUUCAAAGGAGCUACACAAAUUUGACCGGCGGAAGCAAAAGAAGAUAACGGACUUUCGUCAACAUCAUCUGAUAUUAGUAAAUGAUUGGGAAUCGGGUGCUGAGAAUGUAUAUUCCAACGAUGAGUUGCACAACAAUAGUGAUUACAGGCGGUACCAAGCUUGGUACCAGGGUGCGACUCGUUGUAAGCUUCGCCAGCAGUGGACAGCGGAAGACUACGCCGACAUUGAUUCUUCAGACGAUGAAGAAACGGAGUAUGACCUGACCACUAGACUGGGAACCCAAGUGGAGGCGGCACCCAUAUUAGAUCGAGUGGGUAACACAUUGCGACGGUCGGUAGAGGACAUUGAUCGCCAACUUUUGACUACGGGCGACAGCAGCAUGCGCAGCUUCUUGCAGCGUUUAUCUAGGCGCCUACGUGGAGCUGCUGCUCGCUGUGGCUGCAGGACUACUGUUGCACAUGACGUCCAUGUACCAUCGUGUACCGACACAGCAACGCCCUCCACAGGUCUUGGUGCUGGCUUCGACUACGAUCACGACGAGAUAGGACCUUCACAGCUUGAGGGGGCUCCUUCGACACAGCCAUUACAACCACAGGAUCGUAGGCGACACCGCUCUCCACAACGUUACACUCCAGGCACCGACGCUUUAGGCAAGGGUAAGACUAGGAGACGUUGAAUUGGUUUGGACUCUAUGGACUUGUUAUGUAACGUAUGAAUUAUAUAGACUUGUAAUGGACUCAUUUGGCCUCUACGGGCUUGUAUGACAUUUUAAUGGACUUGUAAUGAACUUGUUUAGACUUUUAUGAGCUUGCUUGGAAUUGUUUACAAUUGUAUGCA